AUGGAACGAUGGUCGAAGUUGUUUGAUAAGUUGGUCAGUGGAGCAAGCGAGUCAAAUCAGUUACCGCGCGCCAUUCGCAACGGAAAGAUGGAUCGUCAUGCCUUGCUGGUGGCCAAAAUUGUGGCCAUGGUGGUUCUCAUUGUCGUCACUGUGGUCUGCGGCAGCCUGCCCUAUAUGCUGGAUCGUUGCUUUAAAUGGACACAAAAGGAUCCGGAGGAAACACGCAAGUCCACAGCGAUACGUUGCCUAAUAUAUUUUGGAGGCGGAGUCCUAAUCUGCACCACGUUUCUGCACAUGCUUCCCGAAGUGAUUGAAAUUGUGGAGAAGUUGCAAUUUUGCGGCAUUUUGGAUACGACACCCUUCGCCCUGCCGGAGAUGUUCCUCUGCACGGGUUUCUUUCUGAUGUAUGCCCUGGAUGAGGUGAUGAAUUCCUUCGUGCAUCGCCAUCAAAAGAAAUUAAGUCGCAAGGAAUCACUGGCGAGUGCGGCAUUUGAGAGGGGACACAGCAUUCGGCAUAGUGUCCUGGUACGAAGCUAUAGAAAAAAACAAGAGGAAUUGGAGGUCGAGAUGGUAACUCAUCAACACAAUGAACAUCAGAUGAAGUCACAUGGCCAUGCUCACUCUCAUAUGCCAGUGAGUGAUGGUUCUGGAUCCUCAAUGCGAGGAUUGGGAAUUAUUUUGGCGCUAUCCCUGCAUGAACUUUUCGAGGGCAUGGCAUUGGGAUUGGAGUCGACAGUGAGCACCGUGUGGUUUAUGUUCGCCGCUGUGGCCGCUCAUAAACUUGUCCUUGCUUUUUGCGUGGGAAUGGAACUGCUGGUGGCUCGCACACGCUCUUCGCUGGCUAUUAUCUACCUCAUCACUUUCUCGAUAGUCACACCUAUUGGCAUUGGUGUGGGAAUCGGCAUUAGUCAGCAAGACGCAGCCGGAGCCAGUCAUCCGAGUCUCCCAUCUGGUGUUUUACAGGGUAUUGCCUCGGGUACAUUGCUCUAUGUGGUGUUCUUUGAGAUUCUAACCCAGAAUCAUGCCGGAUGGCGCGCAUAUAUUGCCGCCUUAGCUGGCUUUGCUUUGAUGUUUGGACUCCAGAUACUUUCUGACGAAGCGGAGGGCGAUGAUAGCAUGACAUGCUCCUAGAUCUAUCAGAUGGUAUCCACUGGUCACAGUCAAUAGCAAUAUUUAAUAUAUAUAUGUACCAAUAUCUACAAUAUAAUAAUAUAAGCGUUAGAUUGAUAGAUUUAUGAGUCAUACAUGUCUAUAAAUAUAUAAAGUUUAUAUAAUAAUGCAAACAGUGCCAUUGAAAGUAUAAAAAGCUUUAGAAAAUGUAAAUAACUUAAAUACAAGAGUUUAAACAAUUUUAAA